AGAAACUUUUAGAUGGUGUAUUGUUUAGACCAUUUUCAGUAAUGGUAGAAACAAUUAAAAUAUUUGUAUAUGGAUUAGGAAUAUCCAAUAAAAUUAUUGCACAAUUUGAAGGAAAAACACCUGAUGAAGUGUGGGCCAAAACAAACUUAUUAAAAAAAUUUAGUGGUGAUGAACUUUUCAGUCUAAAGGAUCCUAUUACUCAAAAAAAAUUGACAGAUCAUCAAAAACUUACCUGUACAUCUAAGGAUUGGAAUAAUUUAAAUAUCAUGGAACCUUUGUACUUAUAUCAUUUAAAGUCACGUACAUUAGCUGAUGUCAAUUG